AAUAUUUUAAGUGUUGAAUACAGAUGAAAUAAAUAAGUCAAUAAAUAUUUUUAACAUACUAGAAAAUGUACCAGAACAAAAUGAUAAUCAUUUUUGUAGCGAUCUUGUUAACGGGAGAUUGCUUAGAAGAAAUCCCAAGCAGGGACGACAUACUUAAAACGGAAGUCAUCGUUCAAAAAACGAUUAACGGUCUUUUCUCGACAUUGAAAUUGAAAAGAAUUCAGCAAAGACCAAAUAUACUGGAAUACACCACUUUGCAUAAAUAUUUCGCGUCACUAUCAAUGCAAGACGAUUACAACUUGCAGAAAAUUCUACAACUAACAAAAAUCAAUAAGGAACAUAAAUUUUAUAAUGGAACUGACUUUAUAGCCGUUAUAAACGAAAUAAUAAAUGAAGAUAUAGUAAACAGAAUAAACGUAGAUGACAUGAGUGUGAUAUCGUAUAUUGAGAGAUUUAUUUCUAGGUUAAAGAAAUUGAGAGAAAUGUAUGCGCCAAAAACUAUUUAUGUCAAUAUUAAUUUCAAAGUCCUGGAACAUUUGCGGAAUACAGUUAAUAAAAGUUUUGAUUUUAAAAGUAAAAAUAACCUCAUUACGAGCGACAAUGAAUUUUGGGAGCCAAGUGGUCGACGUAUUUACAGAGGUCAAAGAACUAAGAUCAAAUAUUUCCCAUUCAUGGCUAGUGUGCACAUCUUCAACAACUUCCAUUGCGCUGGUUCUAUUAUAAAAUCUGACCUGAUUAUCACAGCUUCGUCGUGUUUACAACUAGCCUGGAAUAACCGUCUAUUCCGAGAAAACCCAGCAUUCCUUUCUGUUCGGGUCGGUAGUUCCUUCUAUAGUGGCGGUGGUGAGGUCAUACCGGUAUUGGAAAUUUACUUUCAUCCUGGAUACGACCCUAAAAGUCUCAGAAACAAUAUCUGUAUCCUACGUCUCGUUCGCCGUUUGAAUUUCCAAAAACGAAAUAAGAGAGUGAAAAGGAUAAACAUAGAUACAAACCCAUGGAAUCUACCAAUGAAUACUCCUGGUGUCACGAUUCUUGGUUGGGGUGCGAAGGGAAGUAGCGGCAUAAUUUACGAUCCAUGGAAAAAUAUAUUAUCAUAUUCUAUUUUGGAUAUUUAUCCCUUGGCAGACUGUCGCGACGUGUACUCUAGACGGUAUGUGACACGCAAGCAUUUUUGUGCUGGUUUCUUGUCCAAAGGCGGCGGUGCUUGUAAUCGUGACGUAGGAGCCCCGGGCGUGGUGGAUGGUAAGCUGAUGGGAGUGGUAAGCUUCGGUUCCCCCACUUGUGGAACUCCUGACGCCCCCACUGUCUUCACCAAAUUAGGAUACUACACUGACUGGAUAGAAGACGUAAUGGAGAAGCCCGUACCUGUUUCCUUGAAGCGUACAACAAAGAAAGAAUUAUUCAAUAUUUUUAAUAUAAUACCUACGGAAAGAUCCACGACGACCACAUUCAAAAUACCACCUCUCACAGGAAACAAGUUAGAACCUAUAUCAAUUCACAACAUCGACAAAUCAUUAAGAAAUAUAGACGAAAAUCUUUUUAAGGAAUUUGUAUCUACUAUGUUCACCAGUAGUGAAAUCGAUAAGUACCUACGAAUUAUUAGACAACAACAGAAAACAAAAGGUAAUGUUGAAAACAAAACAGCGAUAGAUAACGUCAAUAGUGAUACUUCUAUUGAUAAAAGUGAUGUAGUAUUUGUUACCAAAGCCCCCGAUUUUGGCGAAGCUGUAGCUAAAGCAGAAGAUAUUGAGACACAGGACUCAGAAUCUGACAAUGGCGAUGAACGAAAUUCUCAAGUACAAUCACAAGAAUCUUACAGGAGCAAAGAAAAUCAAGCAAUAGCAGACGAUUCUAAAGUAGAAGGUGAUAUAAUUCAAUUCAUGAAAAACAUAGAUUUGAAAAAAAUUAUUCAAGAAGAAGUAAUGGAUACGUCAAAAGCGGGAAAUAAUGGAUCCUUUUUAAAAUUAGCCUACCUUAAUGACACUGAUAAAACAGGACAAGGUGAUAACCUGGGCGAGAAUGAUGGAUUAAGCUUAGUAGGAGAUAAUAGGUUCGAAGAUAUGACGAGGUCAAAACUCAAGAGCACUAAUAGGAAUUUACCUGAAAAUGAGGUUUAUGGUUUACUGUCCGAUGUUAUUGAAGAGGAAGUACAAAAUAAAUUAGUAAAAGGUUUUAAAUACUUUGGCUUUUAAUUUCGAAUACUAAAUUAUAUCUCUCGUAUAGUUAACUGGUUUAAUGUAAAUAACUUACUGCUUAAUGAGAAUGAAACAAAAUGUAUUAGAUUUACAACAAUAGUGUAAAUCGACAUAUUGGUAACCUGAAAAUUAAGGACAGUGAACUUAACUUUGUUGACAAAACUGUUUUACUUAGCAUAACAAUAGAUAUAAGUAGUAGUAGGGCCAACACAUAGAUAUUCUUUCGAAUAGACUAAGCUCUGCAGCAAAUGCAGUAAAGAAAAUCCGACAGUUAAUUUAUAAGGACACGGCUAAAAUUGUGUAUCAUAGCUACUUUCACAGCGUUAUGUUGUACAGUAUUCUACUGUGGGGUGCUGCUGCAGAGGUUCAAUCCAUAUUUGAGCUGCAGGGGCGGGCUGUUCGGGAUAUUUGUUGUGUUUCUCCGAGGGAGUCGGUACGGAAUAAGUUUAAGGAAUUAAAUAUCAGUAUCUGGUCAAUAUACUCUUGAAGCCUUGUUAUAUGUACA